CGCUCCCUCACCGCCCCGUCGCCUCUUCCUCUUCACUUCUCCUCCUCGGCCACACCGCCACACCGUUGCCUCGCUGCUGCAGCGCGGGGCGGGCGGGAUGAAGGUCACCGUCGUGUCCCGGAGCGGCCGGGAGGUCGUCAAGGGCGGCAUCGACCUCAAGGAAUCGGCCAAGGUCGCGGAUCUGCAGGAGGCCAUCCACGCCAGGACUAAGAAGUAUUAUCCUUCUAGGCAGCGGCUCACCCUCCCUCUUCAGCCUGGAAAAAGUGGAAAGCCAGUAGUUCUCAAUCCGAAGGCCAGCCUGUCAGAAUACUGUGAGAAGGGUUCUGGUUCACUCACGGUAGUCUUCAAAGAUUUAGGCCCGCAAGUCUACUACAGCACGCUGUUCUUCUUUGAGUACUUGGGUCCUCUUAUCAUCUACCCCAUGUUCUAUUAUCUGCCCGUCUAUAAAUUCUUCGGGUAUGAGGGAGAACGGGUCAUCCACCCUGUCCAGACCUAUGCCAUGUACUACUGGUGCUUCCACUACUUCAAGAGGAUCAUGGAGACGUUCUUCGUGCACCGUUUCAGCCAUGCUACAUCACCUUUGUCAAAUGUCUUCAGGAACUGCGCUUACUACUGGACCUUCGGCGCUUACAUCGCUUACUACUGCAACCACCCGCUCUACACCCCAGUGAGUGAUCUGCAGAUGAAGAUUGGGUUUGGCUUCGGAAUCAUCUGCCAGAUCGCAAACUUCUACUGCCACAUCCUGCUGAGGAACCUCAGAAGCCCGAGCGGCAGCGGUGGUUACCAGAUCCCCCGUGGUUUCUUGUUCAACAUUGUGACCUGCGCCAACUACACCACCGAGAUCUACCAGUGGAUCGGGUUCAACAUUGCCACACAGACUGUGGCAGGCUACAUCUUCCUUGUCGUGGCAGCAAGCAUCAUGACCAACUGGGCGCUAGGCAAGCACAGCCGCUUGAAGAAGCUGUUUGAUGGCAAGGAUGGGAGGCCCAAGUAUCCUCGCCGCUGGGUGAUUCUCCCUCCGUUCCUGUGAAGAGGUGGUGAUUGCGGCUGGCCUGUCACGGUUCAACAUUUCCUACAUCCCAGCCUUCAGAAGUUCCAAGUCAUGAAAUUCAUGCAAACAUUUGUACUAAUCGUGCCUUUGUACCAGUUGAACCUUGAUCGUGAAGUCUGAAAUUUCUAAUCCGAAAGGUGGAUGUUAAAUUUUUCCUUUGGUAUUCUUUCGAAAUGUCAUGUGCUCCUGUCGUAAUACAAUCGAAGGUUCAUCUGCUGUCA